UCCCACUGUAAAGUGAUUAGGCUGGGAAAUGUCAUUCCCUUCCGUCACGCAAGGAAAGUAACUCUCUUUUGGGAAGGGAAAGUUAUAAUUUUUUUUUUACCAAAUUGUCCUAGCCAUUGCCUGACACUCUCUUCUAUUUUCUCCUUCUCAUCUUCUUCCUCCUCUCGCCGCUGGUGGAACCUUAGCCGCUCACUUGCACAUUUCGGUCAAAUUUCACGGCCGAAUCCGCCGCUUCUUGUUCUUCUCAGCGUCGGUGGUGGCGGCGGAUAGUGAGAUGACGGUGCUGUCAGCCGGCUGGACCGCAGUCUCAAUUGGUUUAUGAGCACACUUCUCUUUCAUCCCUCUUCCUCAAGCAGCUCAAGUAAAUAGAAAGAAUGAGAAUAAAGUUUCUUGAUUGGUAUUUGAAGAUUGCGGUUGGUUCAGCUCUAAUUGGAGGUUCCAUGGAGAUGUUCAUGAUAAAGACUGGCUUCUAUGACAAGGUGACUGUUCUGGAAUCAGAGAAGCGCGCUUGGGAGAGUUCCCCUGAGGCUCAAACAAUCAGGGAAGCUCUUAAUCCUUGGAGAAAUCAUGAUGCACAAGAAAGGAAAAAUUCCUAAUAGGGUUACCUCUAGAAAUGGGCUCUUCUUACUGUUUUAUUUGUUCAUGUUCUGAGCAUAAAGCUGGUUAUACAGCACAAUACACUUACUGGCAUCAAGAAUGAACGUGUUCAUCUGAGUUUUGAUGUCAGUUCUGAAAUAAGUUGAGUAGAAACCCUUUUGAUGCCUGUUUUGUAGAUCAAUUUUACUUAUUGAUAGGCCAAUUUUGGAAUGAAUUUAGUCAUGCAACUUGACUGGUGUGCCAUUUGCCUUA